UGCGCAGUGGGCCCGCGGCGCGGCCCGUCAGGCACUGCGGUAGGCGCCCUGGGGUCUGGUAGGACCCUGGCCCCAAGAUGGCGGCGCCCAGCGAAGUGGCUGCUGCUGCCUCUGGGGAGAGCGAGGAAGGGGGCAGUGGCUUUGGAUCCUGGCUAGACGGACGGUUGGAGGCUCUGGGAGUGGACCAAGCCAUUUACGGCGCCUACAUCCUGGGGGUCCUGCAGGAGGAAGAGGAAGAAGAGAAGCUGGACGCUCUGCAGGGUAUCCUCUCUGCUUUUCUGGAAGAAGAGUCCCUCCUGAACAUCUGCAAGGAGAUUGUGGAACGAUGGUCGGAAACUCAGAAUGUUACCACUAAAGUGAAAAAAGAAGAUGAGGUCCAGGCCAUCGCCACCCUCAUUGAGAAGCAGGCGCAGAUCGUGGUGAAGCCCAGGAUGGUGUCAGAAGAGGAGAAGCAGAGGAAAGCCGCGCUCCUGGCCCAGUAUGCUGACGUGACAGACGAAGAGGAGGAAGCAGAUGAGAAGGAUGAUUCAGGUGCCUCCACGAUGAACCUUGGUUCUGACAAAUCUCUCUUCCGAAACACCAAUGUGGAAGACGUUCUCAAUGCCCGAAAACUGGAGCGGGACUCGCUUCGGGAUGAGUCCCAAAGGAAGAAGGAGCAGGACAAGCUGCAGAGGGAGAGGGACAAACUAGCCAAGCAGGAGCGCAAGGAAAAGGAAAAGAAAAGGACACAAAGAGGGGAGCGAAAGCGAUAACCUUGGUCCACUCUUUCUCCUCGUGGACUUGGUCAAAGGGAGAACUGGUUGUGCACGUGUGUAUUUAAGAGAAAUGAGAGAACAUCGCAAAGUGGUUUCCCAAGGCAUCUCCCCUUUUGUUUACAUGGUGAAGAGGAAAGUCACAAACACUUCUAAUUAUAAAAUGUGCCAUGUCUCUGUGGUGUGGUAAUCAGAUUAUUGUAGUUGAUGUCUGUACCAAAGAUCUGGAAUGUGGGCAACUUUUGUAUUUUAACACUGAAGCCCUGUACUCCUUUUGCCCACUUUAAAAAGUCUUCCCUGGGAAUUCACAUCGUGGCGCAGCGGAAAUGAAUCCAACUAGGAACCAUGAGGUGGCAGGUUCGAUCCCUGGCCUCGCUCAGUGGGUUGGGGAUCCGGUGUUGCUGUGAGCUGUGGUGUAGGUUGCAGAUGCGGCUCAGGUCUGGCAUUGCUGUGUCUCUGUCGUAGGCCAGCCGCUGUCGCUCCGACUGGACCCCUAGCCUGGGAACCUCUAUAUGCCAUGGGUGUGGCCCUAAAAAGACAAAAAAAAAUUUUCCCUCACAUUGGAUAAACAGGAAUAUUCAGAAAGCUGAAGGUUUUUAUCCUGAAGGAGCAGAAUCAUGACCACUCCCUCCCUGAGAUGAAAUCUAGGAGUGUUGAUUGCUUUGGAAGUAGUAUUCACCCCUAAAUGUAUUGUUUUAUGGCUGAAAUAGGAAGCUAAGGAAGAGCCCUACCUGGAUCAGAUUUUAUGUCACAUGGCAACAAA